GGCACGGAACGGAAGUUUUAAUGCGCAUGCUCUCUGCUCUUUGUGUGCGAGUUGCUGGCCUCAGUUCUUUGGUCUGAGCUCGGGAAACACAACCAUGGUGAAGAAACGGAAAGGUCGGGUAGUUAUCGAUUCUGACUCAGAAGACAGUGGCAGCGAUGAAAACUUGGAGCAGGAAUUGUUAUCUUUAUCUAAGCGGAAGAGGAGUGAUUCUGAAGAGAGGGAACAGCCUGUGAGCAAACCUGCUGCAACUUCAGAUUCAGAAACUUCAGAUAGUGAUGAUGAGUGGACAGUUGGAGGAAUAAAAAACAAGAAGUUGAAAACUGGCAAAGCAAUAGAGAAAAAAGGAGUUGUGAAAAAACAGGCAAACCGAACUGCCUCUUCAGGAAGCUCUGCCAAAGAUAGCUCGGGAGAGAGUUCUGCACCAGAAGAAGGUGAAGUUUCGGAUUCUGACAGCAACACCUCCUCGAGCAGCACUGAUUCAGACACUUCGUCAGAAGAUGAAGAGUUUUGUGAUGGUUAUGGGGAGGAUUUUAUGGGGGAUGAGGAAGACCGUGCACGACUUGAGCAGAUGACCGAGAAGGAGAGGGAGCAAGAACUCUUCAAUCGAAUAGAGAAGCGAGAAGUGCUUAAGAAACGGUUUGAAAUUAAAAAGAAACUGAAAACAGCCAAGAGAAAAGAAAAGAAAGAGAAAAAGAAAAAACAUGAGGAGGAGCAGGAAAAGAAGAAACAAACUCAGAUUCAAGAUACUCAAGUACAGGUGACAUCUCAUAACAAAGAGAGAAGAUCAAAGAGGGAUGAAAAACUAGAUAAGAAAUCACAAGCUAUGGAAGAGUUGCGUGCAGAAAGAGAGAAGAAGAAGAAUAGGACUGCUGAGCUGAUUGCCCGGAAACAACGACUUAAGACAAGUGAAGUAUAUUCUGAUGAUGAUGAUGAAGAGGAAGAGGAGGAUGACAAAUCAAGUGAAAAGAGUGAUCACUCUUCUAGAUCCUCUUCUUCAUCUGAUGAAGAGGAGGAAAAAGAAGAAAUUCCACCAAAGUCUCUUCCUGUUUCUUUGCCCGAAGAGCUUAACAAAGUUCGGUUAUCAAGACAUAAGCUUGAGCGUUGGUGCCAUAUGCCCUUUUUUGCCAAAACUGUCUCUGGCUGUUUUGUAAGAAUAGGAAUUGGAAACCAUAACAGUAAACCUGUGUACCGGGUAGCAGAAAUUACUGAUGUUGUUGAAACUGGAAAGGUUUAUCAACUUGGUGGAACUCGAACAAAUAAAGGCCUGCAAUUACGGCAUGGCAGUGACCAGAGAGUUUUCCGUUUGGAGUUUGUUUCUAAUCAAGAAUUUACAGAGAGUGAGUUCAUGAAAUGGAAAGAAGCGAUGUUCUCAGCUGGCAUGCAGCUACCCACAUUAGAUGAGAUAAACAAAAAAGAAGUGUCAAUUAAAGAGGCCAUGAAUUAUAAAUUUAAUGACCAGGACAUUGAGGAAAUUGUGAAGGAAAAAGAACGGUUUAGGAAAGCUCCCUCUAAUUAUGCCAUGAAAAAAACACAACUCAUGAAAGAGAAGGCCAUGGCAGAGGAAGCUGGAGAGUCUGAAAAGGCAAAACAAAUCCAGGACCAUCUGAAUGAACUGGAAGAAAGAGCAGAAGCUUUAGAUCGGCAAAGGACUAAAAAUAUCUCUGCAAUCAGUUACAUUAAUCAGAGGAACAGAGAAUGGAACAUAGUGGAGUCUGAGAAAGCUUUAGUGGCAGAAAGUCAGAGUAUGAAACAGCAACAGAUGGAUCCCUUUACCAGGAGGCAGUGUAAACCCACCAUGGUGUCCAAUUCAAGGGAUCCUGCUGUUCAGGCUGCCAUCAUUGCUCAGCUUAAUGCAAAGUAUGGAUCCGAUGGUAAUAUUGAUUCAUUUAAAGAUAAAGGCAUGAAUCAAAGCAAAGACAAAGAUGGAAACCCCAAAUCUACAAGUGACCUCUCAGAGGACCUGUUUAAAGUGCAUGAUUUUGAUGUAAAAAUAGACUUGCAAGUUCCUAGCUCAGAAUCUAAAUCACUAACUAUUUCUUCAAAGGCACCUCCCACAAAAGAUGGUGCACCCCGCAGAUCUUUGAACCUUGAAGACUACAAGAAAAGGAGAGGGUUGAUCUGAUUCUGGCCAGCCAGCUGCUUCAGACCUUGCAUGCAUCUUUCGUCUCUUUGUUUCUUCAUGUCUUUGGUUUUUCGCAGACUGGAGUGGCAAACUUGAGAGCUGAAAAUAGACUGAAUAUUAGUCAACUAUAACAUAAACCUGCUGACUAUAGAACUUUCACCCUCACAUAUUCUGUGAUACCCUCUCCAUGUGGGAUUGUGAAUUCGUUUGGGAUGUCAGUUAUUACCCUAAGCUUAAUAUUUUUUUUUCUUCUCCCCUUUACUGCACAUCUUUUUAAUAUUCUACAUUAUGUGAGUACGAUCUCAGCAGUAACAGACAUCCGUUUUUAUAUACUGGAAAAUUGUCUGAAUGUGUGAAUUUUCAUGUAUUUAACGAAGUUGACCAUCUCAAGGAAUCUUUAAUUGUCACUAAUCACUAUAAGAAUUGUAUCUUAUUGAAAUGGUUAAAAUGUCCAAAGUACUCUGGCCCUGUCCCUUAAAGCAGUGUUAAGUCACAACCACCCACAGCCUCACCCCAGUGGAUAAUUGCUGAAGUUGAGUAAUCUCACUUCCAUGGCCAUACCAGUUCAUACCAGCAAUAGACAGCUGUGAUAGACUUUAAAAAAAAAAAAAAGUCAGAUGGCACUCUGCCAAUAACAGCUACUCAUACUAAUUCUUCCUCAUUACUCAAAGCAAGAGGGCUGCUGAGCGCUUUAGACACUAUAACCACUUUAAUGAAAUGUAGUGGUUACUGUGCCUACGGUGCUCAGAUGGUGUAUGUCUUGCAUUGAUUGGACAGGAAGACUUGAGUAAGGGGUAGUAGAUAUGGAGAGUGUAUGUAUAUAUGUUUUUUUUGUUUUUUUUGUUUGUGUUUUUUUUUCACUUGUUAUGGCUUUUUUGAAAUUCUUAUACGUUGUAAAUAAAUACCCUAUAUUGUAUGGAAGAUAAUCAUUAAAUACAAUUCUUCUUAUGCAGUGCAA